GUAGCAAAUUCUCCACCUCGGAGAGGCUUUAAAUCAAGCUGGGAAGUCUCUCGCUGAGAUAUGCUUCAGCCCCGCACGAAUCCUUGGUUCAACCCCGUGCCUAUGUUGCACAGGUCAGUCUGGGGAAACAGCGCCGUCCCUUUACGAUCUCCCUCGGCUAGGGCGGCUGAAAAGCAUAGUCCUGUUUCCUGGACAUAACAAGGCUUGGGGCAGCGGUUCUGCCCGCCGGCAACAUCUCCACUUAUGGAGCAGAAGAGCCCCGCGGUGGGCGGGGGAAGCUGGGUUAAAGCCUCCCCGCAGCACAAAGCGGCCCGGCGCCGCGGGAGGAGGAGGAGGAGAAGCAGCAGCAGCAGCAGCAGCGCCGCGUCCAGCCGGCUGCGGACUCCCUCCAGGGCAGCAUUCAUCGCGGGGAAGCGGGACCCCGCCUGCAGAGCCCACCCCUUCCUCCUCCUCCUCCUCCUCCUCCUCUCCCGCCGAGCCGGGCGGCGGCUGCUCCUCGCCAUGAACUGCAGCGAGGCGCUGCGCCUGCGGACCCUGCUCAGCCACCUGCUGCGGCAGCUGCCCGGCGGGGCCAACGCCAGCCGCGGGGCCGCCGCGCCCGCGGGGGACGACGCCUACCUCUACAUCCUGCUCAUCAUGAUCUUCUACGGCUGCCUGGCGGGCGGGCUGAUCCUGGCCUACACCCGCUCCCGCAAGCGGGAGUCCAAGCACGACCCCUACCACCUCUACAUCGAGCGCGACUGGAGCGGGCGGCCCGAGGGCGCCGCGCCUCACGACGGGGCCGGCCUGGAGGGCGACCAGCUGCUGUGA